UAUUCAUUUUCAACUUAAAAUGCAUAUCGAUUUUGAUCCCUCACAUAUUAACUGGUCAGCAUUGACCGAGCAGCCUAAUCAAUGGGGUGGGUAUAACGUAUUUCGCGGUGUUCCUUACCAGAGAGGAAGUGGAUUAGGUUCAGUAUUCAGAAGUUUUCUCCGUUAUCUCAUACCUAUCGGGAAAGAAAUUGGUAGUGCCAUAGGUAAACAAGGACUAGAAUCGGGCAAUAAAGUUUUAAGUAAUGUUCUGGAAGGAAAGAAUCUCAAAGAAUCUCUAAUUAAUGAAGGCAAAUCAGGGUUAAAAAAUUUAUUACAGAAAGCAGCAGAUAACGUUGAUAAACAAACUGGCAAAGGCUUUGAUUUUAAACGUUACAAGAAUAUUGAAAAGCAUCCGUCCCUUGGUCAAAUGAAUGAUGAAAAAAAUGAUAUAAAGCUUAAGACUAUAAAUAAGCGGGCAUAUUCCCGUAUUGGCCCUCCUAAUUUUAUUCCUAAUCUUGCUAGGAAACCUUCGAAAAAAUCUCCUAGAAAAAUUCCCGCUAACAAACGUUUACGAGUAGAUACUUUAGGCACAUACUAA